UCCCUGCUCGGUUGUGGCGUGGUCGUGCCGGCGGUGCGGCAGUGCCUCUCCGGACGGGCGGCGGUCGGACAGCGGGACUUGCAGCGGGGUGGGGCCCCAGUCAUGUCACGGGCUCACCAUGUGCACCAAGAAAGAAGGAUGCAUCCCAACUGUGGACCUUACCGACAAUUGGACUCUCUUCGCCAUAGUUAUAGGAUCCAUUAUUACACUGGGUUUUAUAAAAAUGACCUUCACCGCGGUACGAUACGGCCUGAUGGAUCCCCCUAAGGAAGAGGAACCUCCGAAAAGAUACAGGAGGAAGAGGAAGCACCAUCAUCACCAUGGCAGCCAUGGUAGCCAUGGCACCCAUCUGGGCUCGCACUCCCACAUGAGCCACAGGAGCUCCCGGACGGACGUGCACCACCACCACAAGAAGCACUCCCGGGCCUCGCUGGCGAGCCACGAGGACGGCGCCGAGCUCAAAACCAAGUCCAAGGAGCUCACGUCAGACUCCAAGGGCAGCGGUGACAAGCAGACGGAGGAGUCGGCUGUCUGAUGGUGACGUCAUCUCCACAUAUACAACUCCCUCGUUUUGCACGUCUCUGAUUGGCUGGACCGACGGUUGCGGCUGCCUUUACCGAGCCGGCUGUUUCUGCAUGGCCUGUGCGCAGACUCCUCUAUAUAAACUCAUCAUACCGAACUGGGACUGGGAACUGCUCCACAUCACUCGCGCGCCCGCCAGACGCUUUGUACAUAGCUCGCCGCGGCACGAUACGGGCACGGCUCCCGCACGGCGGUGCCGGCAGCUGACGAGGGGGAAACACGGACCGAUAUCUGACCCGGGCAGGCCGGAGCCUGGACAACACCAGGACAUCACGAGAAGACAAGGACGCGUUCCGCGGACAUUGGACUUGUUGUUGGUGCUUACACGUAAUAUCACGUGAUCAUGAGCGAAAUCACGCGUGACAUUACGUGAGGACAUCAGACGGCUGCGGAGUCCCACCCCAACACCCGCGUGUGGACGGCACAAACGGUACCAAAGGAGCAAGGAUAGGGAGGGGCGCGGACCCAACUGCGCGUGAGCAGCGAGGUGCAUUGUGGGUAAUAGGUCAAAGGUGAAGGCCCCUGAGACAUAAACACGUCUGAACCAAUCAUGGUCCAGGCAAGAUCUGUUUACAAGUUAGGGACCCUCACCUUUGAUAUAUUGCCCACAAUGCAUCUCGAUGCGCACGCGCAAUUGGAACCGCGAAUCUCCUAAUUGUAAAGACAUGACGUAAUCCUACCCACAGGUGUAUACUUAUAAUGUAGAAACAAUAAAAACUAUGAAAAUUACAUAGAUACACGAAAUAGACCACAUGGAGAAGUUGCAUGGUUGCUAGAGCACGAUAUAAGAGUUAAGAAGAGUAUAUAGUAGGUAAAUGUAGUUGGACACGUGACUGUCCAGUGGAAGUAACCGCAGUUAAUACCGCUGCCAACUAACUAUGCAUGGAAUCAUAUCGGGUCACGCUAGGGGGCGUUUCUGUCACAUUUAUUUCUGCCUGACGGAGCUCCGGUCAUAAAAUGUUUCAUACAAAGUUCUGUUUGUACAAAUGUUUCCAGCAUUGAUAAGUGAAUUGCAGACUUAGACGUAAUAUGUAUGUUAUGAACUUAUCAAAUGUAACAAAUCACGUAAAAAAAAACUGUAUCAAAUCAUUCAUCCAUUAUUUAUCAAUAAUUAUGCUUUAUACAGUUCAUUACGAGUCGUUAUUUCUUGAAUUGUGCUUUACUUACUACUUAUUUAUCUCAUUUACUGUCGGUUGUUGUUUUAUAUCCUGUGUUGACGAAUGAACAGAAAGUAGCCAGACUGCCUUGUACGGAAACUGUUACAGUACAAAUGUAGCAAUUUCGCCGCUGAAAUCCGACACCUUUGGAAACACGUGACUGUUUAUGCUCAUGUUUGUCCGUCUCCUAGGUAACCACGAAAAUGGCCUACUUUGUUAUUUGUUUAUGGAACUUUCGUACAAAGUUUGAUAAACAGAUAAACAUUUCUAUGUGUGUAUCUACAUGUGACGUGCAAAGUCCUAUCGAAUGUGAUGAUUACACAAUAAAGGCCUCUACUCAGUAAGAACG